AUGGCAGAGCUGCUGCUCGGCCAGCUCGGCCUCGAAGCAGCGCUCAGCAGCGCCGCUCGCGGCGCCGCGGGCGCCCGGCCGCUGGCGGCGAUGGCCCCAAGGACUGUCCUCAUCAUGGAUACGGUCACGAGCAAGUUUGGAUCAGAUCCCCCCGCCAGCGAAUUGAAAUACAUAUUCCUGCGUGCCAGGUUGUCCACGGCAGAGGAGCUAAGGGCACUUUCAGAGACUGCGUCCAUCGCAGACAUGGUCAAUGAAUUGUCUACGUAUUGGCGUGAUCUUCAUAAUCCAGACGCUCAUUGCCCCCCAGGCGUCAGGGCAGCAUUGUCGAUGGUGGUGAAGGCGAUCUGCCCCGUCCCGGCGCCCGUGGCACCCGAGCGGCCAGGAGAGGCGUCAGCCCCAGCAGGUGUCCAGAACCAGUUGCGCCUAUUGCAGGCGGCAUUGACGCUCAGCAGCGGGUCCGCGAUGUCUGUCCUUGAGGAAGAGACCAAGGGCGACCUUGGCCGUCUCAUCGAGGCGCCAGGCCUCGGCGAGCCCGCGCUGCGCGCCUACCCCGCGACCAAGCAACUGCAGUUACGCGACGCCGCCGCGAAGCUCGGCAAGCCCCUGCCGCAUGAGGACUCCAUCGAGGGGCUCGAAAAGUCCAGGUCCUGGACGGAGGGCCGGGCCUCUGCGGAAUGGGUCGUAGCCUUCAUUCGCUACUCUUGUGCUGGCUUACUGCACGGUCGCAUCGCAGUCGCGUCGGUGUUGAAUCGCAUCGACAAGGUCGCGCGGCUGGCGGCGGACACUGCCAGCCCGGCUUCGCAGGCUGAGAAGAACGCCCCCGCCUACGACCAGCUGGUCAGGAGCGCCGCUUGGGCUGCAGCCAAGCGCAAGGCCGACCCAGCGGCCUUUGAAACAACUAUGUCCGGCGACAAGCAGGACUUGGUCACGCAGACAAAGGAGGAAGCGAAGGAUGUCAAGCUCCACGCCCCGGGCGCGAGCACGAGGGCCCAGCGGAAGCCGGGUGCGGCCCACUUCUGCUUCAGGCAUUUCUCCGGCAAGUGCGACAUGCGCGAUCGCGGCAAGACGUGCGUCUUCCACUACGAAUGCCCGUUCUGCGCCAAGACGCAGGAGGGCUGCCUAGCGAACCACAUCAAGCCGCUCGGCCUGGAGCUGAUCAAGACCAGGGACAAACGUGCCCUCGAGGAGCGCGCCGGCGGCAAGGGCGCAACCACAGGCGGGCACCCGUGGUCGCGCGGACGCGGUGCUGAGGACCGGGCCGACGGCGGGCGGGCGGAGCGCAGGCGCUCCCGCUCCCGCAGCCGCGGGCUCGCGCCGGCCAAGCGCGAGUACUGGGGGUGCCCAGCUGCCGGGGGGCCCCCGCUGGCGGCCGGGGCCCGCCCCGCGGCGGUUGGGAAGACGCCCGGGCCCGCUGCCGUCGCUUCGCCUGCCGAGCCAGCAGACCGCGAGGCGACGUUGGCGUGGGCUCAGUCAGCGCCCUUCGCGCUCCUGGAGCCAGGCUGCAAUUGGGAGCAAUCGCUCUGCGAUGCUAUGUCGCUCAGGGCCAAGCUUGGCGCGGGCUUGUCUGAUUCCCAGCAGCAGCAGUGGCGCAAGCUCGCCAGCUGGAAACAGCACUUCCACGCCACCGGCGAGCAGGCGCAGUGGGCAAGCAGCAUGCCCGCGAGCGUCAGGCAGGUCUGCGGCCACCUGCAGGGCCCGCUCCUCAGGGCCGCCUUGAGAGCGGCCCGCCACGACGACGCCGGCUUUGUCGAUGACCUGCACGGCGGGUUCCCGGCGAUCGGGCGCAUCCCCCCGAGCGGCACCUGGUCGCCGCGCGCGGAGCAGCCCGCCGACGAGCUCAGCGACCUCUUGCAGGCAACCAGAGAGCGUCAAGGCGCUGGCCGCGUCUCCCUGGCAACUGCGCACCAGGGCGAGCUGUGGUCGGCGGUCGCCGCGCAAGCCGCGCGCGGGCGCUUCGAGGUUGUCCGGGGCUCUGGGCUCUCAGACCUGGUGCGCCGAGUCCGGUAUCAGCUUGGCGAUUUCGUCGACCAGCUAUACUUCGGCGUCGAGCAGGGCGGCAACGUCCGCGGCUGCCAAGGAUCUCGCGCUUCUGGCGUGGCUGCCCCCACCCAGCUGAACGAGAAGAUGCACAUGAUGGGCAUCGACGGCGUCACCGCGUUGGCCCGGGCAGGCGCGAGCGUCCACCCGCAGGAGCAGCUCAACUUGGCCAAAGUUGACUGGAAGAAGAUGUUCCACCAGGCGGGCUUGCUCCCCGAGCAUCGCCGGUUCUUCGUCUCCUUCGUGCUCGACACGGAUAAGGGCGAGCUGGUCGCAGUCAUUCCCAAUUGUAUGACAUUCGGCGGCCGCGCCCAUCCACAGCAAUGUUCGCGUAUGCCGCGGGCAGUCGCGACGGUGGCCCGCCGUGUCUUCGGGCUGCUUUGCGACCACCACGUAGACGACGUGGUCGGGUGCGCUCCCCAGAGCCUGGCCGCUAACGAAUUCCGGCUGCUGUGCGACCUGCACGAGCUCUUUGGCUUCGAGGUCGCUGGGGCCGGGGACCCGGAGGACAAGUUCUUCGAGCCGAGGCGCGGCGGCGUGCUUCUGGGGGCCGCCUUCCACCUGCCACCGCCGCGCGGCAUGGCGGACGACGUUCUCGUGGAGUGGUCGAUCCCCGCACGGAAGGCCACCGCAUACGCGACCGAGUUGUCGCAGGCGCGAGAUAAGUGCACCCCGGGCGCGGCGUCCAAGCUGGGGGGGCGCCUCAUUUGGGCCUUCUCCUUGGUGUGGGGCAAGGCAGGUGGCAUCUUCCUCCGGGCUAUCUACGACCAAGCCCACGGGUCGACGUCGCGGACGGAUCGCCGCUUCCGGAUGUCAGUCGACGGCCUGCGCGAGAUGCUCAGCGCGCCGGGGCCCGGGCAGUUUUCCAGGCCGCCGCGCGGCACUGAGGCGUUGGGGGCCAUCUUCCUGGACGCGCGGCAGCCAGUCGCCGAGUUCUUCGUCGCGCCCCAGCGCAUCAACGAGGCCGAGACCCUCUGGAUCUGGCUUGCUUUUCGGACGUGGGGCCGCCAUCUGGAAGGCGCAGACGUCACCGUCGUCGUGGACAGCUCCGCGGCGGAGGGCGUCAUCCGCAAGGGCAUGAGCGGAUCGGCCACGCUAUGCUGCCUGAGCGCAGAGGUGUGGCGAGACGCCCGCCUGCGAGGCGCGCGCCUCUGGGUGGCCCGCGUCCCGUCCGAGGCGAAUCCGGCAGAUCCGCUGGGCCGUUUGAUCGUCCAGCCGGCUCUGGCGCGCGGCUGGCGCCAGGUGUCCGCGGACGCGCCGACGCAGUGGCAUUUCGAUCCCCGCCUGCGGGGCCGGUGA